AUGCACUCGGACUGUCGUCCAGCGAGUCCUCGGAAACGUGCAUUGCAUGCGGACGAUGAAGGGCGUGCAGUGCAGCGAAAGCGCGGAGAGUCGAGUAUCGAGUAUGUUGUAGAGUACCAACGCAAUAUCCAGCGCGCAACUGCGCUUGUAUGUCCUGAAAUGCGCGUCGAUGGCAUGCACGUUGUAUGCCUCGUUGAAGACGGCCAGCGCAUCAGCGUCACGUUCGAAUGCAUCUCAGCGACCCAGCGCACAUCCAUACGCUUCUUCACAGAGUGGCCACUAAUUCCUGGGCGGUACGAAGGCGAGGCGCAAGAGCAAGUGUUUGUCAUUGUACUGCAGGCGCGGCCUGCGCAGAUGCUGGCCACUGCAGACACGGUCCUUCGCACACCAUGGACCCAUUGCGCGCUGCAGGGUGCGGCGAUUACGGAGCUGCAGUGUAUAGCAUGUGGCACGCCGUGCGCCGCGUUUUCUAAUGCGGCGUCGCUGCGUGCGCUGCCUUCGGAAAAUUGGGAAGAGUUGGUAGACGCGUGGAUGUGCCACGGCGACCAAAAGCUGAAUACGAGCGUCACGAAAGGACGCGAAGGCGUGGAUCCCAUGCGGAUUCCUGCGCCGGAAGAACUAUGGAUUUCGAGCCUUUUGCUCAAGCUGGCGAGCACACAGCUGACGGCGAGCACAAUUGUCUCGCCUUGCAAGAGCAUUGGACCUUGGGAGAAGGCCAGCGUUGGGACACUACCACGGCAAGCGGUCUUUAAUAGGCUUGCUGCAGCGCAUUCGCGUUCUGGCUGA